CAAUACUGUACGCAACUUCCUGUUUUUCAUUUUCCUUUCCACAAUGGCCGAAUACGGGAGCGUUCAGAAAGGUUCACUAAAACUGAAAGGAUUGGGCGAUUUGUCAUCCGCGAAGAAGAAGAAGAAGAAGGACAAAGAGAAGAAGAAGCUGGGUGAGCAACAGAUACGACAAUCUCAGACAUCACAAAAUACAGAGGAAGAAGAGACGAAAACCUAUGUUGACAAGAGAACACCUGCUCAAAUGGCUUUUGAUAAAAUUCAAGAAAAGCGACAAAUGGAGCGCAUUCUGAAUAAAGCCUCUAAGACACACAAAAGAAGAGUUGAGGAAUUCAACAGACACCUGGACACCCUUACUGAGCAUUAUGACAUUCCCAAAGUCAGCUGGACCAAGUAAAAAGGAUAAUGCCCCCAUGGAGGAACCUUUGGACUUCAAGAAGCUUGUUUAUUUAUGGCUGCAGUUGAUGCACUCUGAAUGGAACUGAGAGUUGUUUCCCCUCCUUUUUGAGAGCGAGUCAUCGUAAAUGCUGCUGGUGAAAAGAUUUUACUAGUGAUUAAUUGUGUGGUAAGAUUAGUUAAUUUCCUUGUAGUGAAUAGGCUUACAAAAAAUAUCUGGAGGGCAAAAAAAAGAGGGAUCAAUUAACCUGUGUUCAACAGGUUAAUUGAUCCCUCUUUUUUUUGCCCUCCAGAUAUUUUUUGUAAUGCAUUUUAUGAUGUUAAUUACCCAUUUAUGAGUCCCGUAUCAACAUGAGAAGAGUGGUUGAUUGUAUCUACGUUUUACAAAAAGUUGUUCGAUUACAUUGUUGCAAUUGUAUGGCCUCAAUAAAGAAGUGCCAUGGAAAGUAAA